UCCGUUGUUGUUGGUGGUGUUGUUGUCGGACCCUCUCCUUUCUCCAAGGCUUUUCAGACAGCUUUGUUGGGAUGAAUGAAUGGAUGAAGGAAGAUGAUGGCCUUCAGUGACAACGAUUUCAAUUCAUAAAUCACAUGCUUUUUGAAACUUCCAUUCCAUUCCCUUAUGGUUUGAAGCUGAUCACGAUCUGUUUUACCUGCCCCAUUUCAGUUUCACGACCAUGCAUAUAGGUCAAAUGGACAGAAGUUCUGUGAAAUGUCUAAUCAACAGCAUUUCUCGAUUCAUUCAUCUGGUUUCUUGCCAAACAAUGAACCCUAUGCCCCUCCAGAAUAUCUGUAAUAAUAUGGUUGGGGUGUUAAAGCAUUUGAAACCAGUGCUUGAUGAUGUUGUGGAUUACAAAAUCCCUUUAGAUGAGAAUCUAUUUGAAAAGUGUGAGGAAUUGGAAAUGCGAGUUAAUGAAGCUAGAGAUUUCAUUGAAAAAUGGGGUCCUAAGAUGAGCAAGAUUCACAGCGUUCUACAAGGUGGGAUGUUGUUGAUAAAGUUACAGAGCACUUCACUAGAUAUUUGCCACAUGAUAGUUAGAUCUUUUCAGUCACCUCCAUCUGCAUCAGUUUUGGCUAAUCUUCAGCACUAUAUCCAGGAAAUUCAGUGUCUCAAGAAGGAAAUGGCAAUGGUAUGUAUAGAAGAAGCACUGAGAAACCAAAGAAACAAUAUUGAACCUUGCAAGGAGCAUCUCAAAGAAAUUAUUGGGUUACUUAAAUUAACAUCAAAACAGGAACUCGUAAAAGAAAGUAUUGCUGUGGAGAAAGAAAGGUUGAAUGCUGAAGGCAACAAAAUGAAUGUGGACUUGGAAGAAAUUAAAGAAAUUGUAAACCUUGUCCAUAAUUUACGUGGUUAUGUGAUGGAAACUGAGGGUCCUGUACUCAAGAGUGGUGUCUCAAUUCCUCCAGAAUUCUGCUGUCCUUUGUCAAUGGAACUCAUGUUGGAUCCUGUUGUUGUGACUUCAGGUCAAACAUAUGAGAGGCGAUUUAUUGAAAAAUGGCUUGAUAAUGGGCUCACUGUUUGUCCUAAAACUGGUCAGAGACUUGUGCAUAGAAAUCUCACUUCCAAUUUGGCUGUCAAAUCUAUGAUAGCAGCAUGGUGUGAGGAAAAUACUGUCAAACUUUCCAGUAACUCUGAGCACAAUAAAUCUUCCCACAUCACGUCCGUCUCAAAUCAAUUAUUGCCUCAAGAUUUAACUCAUGAUUGUUCUGUUGUGUCUUUAUCUAGUAGCAAUUCCAUUUCAAGAUCGUCUCUUCAAACUGCAAAGGAUGAUAACUCUUUCAGAUCAUGUGGAGAAUACAAUGGAUGCCAGAGUGGAGCAACUGAAAAGUGUGAGCAACAAUCCCCAUAUAUUCACAGCAGAAGCGAAUCAUCUUCAAGUUCAAUUUCUAGUGCUGAUUGUGCACUUGCAGUUUCGAAGGAGUUGUCUGGGAUAUCAAAUAAGCAUCAAAAUGUGAAGGUGCUGUCUGAAGAAAAAACAAAUGUGUGUCAUGGUGAUAAGCAAUCAGAGAUAUCUCCUUGGUUAUCUGGAAAGCAAUUUCAAAACCCUGGAUCACAUGUGGGAGGGUUGGAGAAUGGAAAUACCAACAAUAGUGAUACUAAUAAUAGUCAUUCAAGAGUUGAUUCCAAUCCUGUUGUCAACUCAGGAUUGGAUGAAUUGACCACCUCAUCUCGUGUCAAUAAAUUGAUUGAAGACCUACACAGCAAAUCAAUUGAGGUGCAAACUACUGCUGCAGAAGAAUUAAGGCUCCUUACAAAGCAUAACAUGGAAAACCGUAUCUUAGUAGGGAAAUGUGGGGCUGUCAUGCCUUUGAUUUCGCUGCUAUAUUCAGACAUGAAGAAAACACAAGAACAUGCUGUGACAGCUCUGCUGAAUUUAUCUAUUAAUGAAAACAACAAGGCCUUGAUUAUGGAAGCAGGAGCUAUAGAACCACUUAUCCAUGUUUUGAAGACAGGAAAUGAUAGUGCCAAGGAAAAUUCCGCAGCAACUCUAUUCAGUCUCUCAGUAAUUGAGAACAAUAAGGAAAAAAUUGGCCGUUCUGGAGCAGUUAAAGCUUUGGUGGAUCUUCUUGCCUCAGGAACUUUCAGAGGAAAGAAGGAUGCUGCUACUGCUUUAUUUAACCUGUCAAUAUUUCAUGAGAACAAAGCUCGUAUUGUUCAAGCCGGAGCAGUGAAGUUUCUGGUUCGGUUAAUGGACCCUGCUGAUGGAAUGGUUGACAAGGUUGUUGCUCUUCUGUCAAACCUGUCAACAAUUCCAGAGGGGCGACUAGAAAUUGCAAGGGAAGGGGGCAUUCCCUUAAUAGUUGAAGUUGUUGAGUCAGGUUCCCAGAGAGGAAAGGAAAAUGCUUCCUCCAUUCUCUUGCAAUUAUGCUUUCAUAGUUCUAAGUUCUGUACCCUGGUUUUGCAAGAAGGAGCUGUACCUCCCCUUGUUGCAUUAUCUCAAUCUGGCACACCAAGAGCAAAAGAAAAGGCACAACAGCUUCUGAGUCAUUUUCGUAACCUGCGGGAAGGAGCUAGUGCAAAGGGAAAGUCAUGAAAAUAGACAAUUUUGGUUAUAUCGUUGGCCUUUAUUUUUUCUCCCCUAAGUAAUGUGAUAGCUGCUGUGUAGGACUUUAGGACUUUUAUUUAUUGCAUUCUUUUGAUUUUUACAUGUAUAAUUUGCAAAGCUGUUUAUUUUUUAAUCUUUCAGUGGUUUGUGAUUGCUUAUUCUCAACUUCAAAAUGGGACAUCACUUCCACGCUGCCUCUUUUGUCCCCCUAAUGACAGGGUUGUUAAGUAUUUUCCAUUUAUUUUUGUGGACUUGUAUUUUUUCCUUUUCUUUUGGUAGCUAUUGUUGAGAGGAGUUAGGCUACUUUAUGAACAUUUAGCUUGGCAAGAUGUAAACCUCAAUGCUAAUCUACUAAAGCAUAACUGAUGUGGUCCCAAGUCAAUGAUGUACAUAUUUAUACAUAUACUAUAGAAUCUUGUGAUCUACUAUAAAUUAUUGUACCUUGUACUAUUUUUUGGGCUGUUUUAUUGCUAUUUGUUCAACCUUG